AUGACUCCUAUAAACCAGUUGAAUGAUAAACAAAUGAAAAGAGGUGAUAGUGAGGGAAGAGUAUCAACCACAAAUGUGUCAUGGAUCAAAUGGAAAGAUAAUCGUCCAAUACAAUUCCUCUCAAACUAUCACGAUCCAGAUCACCUUACCAGUUGCUUGAGGAAAGCAAAAGAUGGAUCAUCAGCAAGCAUAACAUGCCCUACAAUGGUGAAGGAUUACAAUAAGAAUAUGGGAUAUGUUGAUUAUGCAGAUAUGAUGAAAUCAUACUAUGAGAUUGAUCGAAAGAACAACAAGUGGUGGCAUAGAAUAUUCUUUCACUUCUUAGAUGUUGCUGUGACUAACUCUUAUAUAUUAUUUAAAUUAAAAUGUCAAGGGAGGAAUAUUCCUUUGAAGGAUUUUAAACUUGCUGUAGUUGCUGGUUUAGUCGGAAUUCCAACUACAUCACCAAGAGGAAAACAAAAAUCAUUUAAUAAUAAAACUCACAACUUCAAAGUUAGAAUAACUCUAGAAAUGCGUUUUGCAAAUGUUGCACACAUACCAAAAAGUUGUACAAUCCGUCGAUGCCAUAACUGCUCUACCAAAGAAAACCCUAAAAGAAGUAGGUGGGAAUGUUCUACAUGUAAUGUAGCACUAUGUUUAACUUCGGAGAAAAACUGUUUUGAAACAUUUCACAAAAAACAAUAA